GCCCGCAGCACUGGAUCAGAGACAGAUGGGGAGCCUUGUAAAGGCGCUGCCAUGGUUGGCGCUCGCCGCUGGUGUGCUGGCAGACGUCAGUCCGGCGGCCAGUAAAGGUGUUCAAAUCGAGGCUGCCCCUGCCGAACAGACAGGCAAGGGUGAGCCCCAAAAGGAUCAGCUAUCCGCGGGCUCUGGCUACAUCAACUCGGUCAGCAAUGGAUAUGGAGGGUCGUCAGGCUACGGCGGAGGAGGAUACAGCGGCGGUGGUGGAUACAGCGGCGGUGGAUACAGUGGAGGAAGCGGCGGUGGCUACGGAGGAGGUGGCUACAGCGGCGGUGGUGGAUACGGAAGAGGAUACAGCCGAGGGGGUGGCUACGGAGGCGGAGGAUACAGUGGAGGAAGCGGCUACAGCGGCGGCGGCGGCUAUGGAGGCGGAGGGUACAGCGGCGGAGGUGGCUACAGUGGAGGAGGCAGAGGCGGCGGCUACGGAGGAGGUGGCUACGGAGGCGGUGGCUACAGCGGAGGCGGUGGCUACGGAGGCGGAGGAUACAGUGGCGGCGGUGGCUACGGAGGAGGUGGAUACAGCGGCGGUGGUGGCUACGGAGGCGGAGGGUACAGCGGCGGAGGAAGAGGAUACAGUGGAGGAGGUGGUUACAGCCGAGGGGGUGGCUACGGAGGUGGAGGAUACAGUGGAGGAAGCGGCUACAGCGGCGGCGGCGGCUAUGGAGGCGGAGGGUACAGCGGCGGAGGUGGCUACAGUGGAGGGGGCAGAGGCGGCGGCUACGGAGGAGGUGGCUACGGAGGCGGUGGCUACAGCGGCGGCGGCGGCGGUGGCUACGGAGGAGGAGGGUACAGCGGCGGAGGAGGAUACAGUGGCGGUGGAGGGCAUGGUAAUGGCUACGGCUACGUUAAGUCGUACCGGCUGCGACCGCAGGUACAUUUUCGGCCGAAGCCCAUCAACCUGUACCAGAAUGUGAAGCAUGACGUUGUUACUGUUCUGGUGCCGAAGAGGAAACACUACGGCUACGGCGGCGGCUACGGCCACGGCCACGGCCACGGCGGAUACGCCGGCUCGAUCGGAUACUACCGGUAGGGUGUGCACUCGUAGGGCAGCUGUUUUUUUUUUUACUCACAGCAUCUGCGUUCGUCCGCAACAAAGUGAGCGUUAUGGCCGCGUGAGGAUUUUCUGGUCCUCGCGCGAGACCAUGCGUGCAUAUAAUGUGAAAUGCACAAAUUAAGUGUAGCUGUCGUGCCUCCAAACACAUUGUUAAUGUUGUGAUCAGCAGGAUGAUUUGAUAAAUGCCUGCUUUGUUUGGGUAUAUGUAGGUACAAUACAGUAAUGGUGCUGAGA